GAUGGAGUUGUUUCAAGACCUGGGACCCGGUUGGCAGACUCCGGAGCGUGCGCAUGGCCUCAUGCCUCGGAGUUUUAUCAUCUCGAUCAUUUUCCCUCACAGGACAGGGUCCAUCCCGCAUAGAGUGCAUACGAGGUCUUUGAGCCACAUGUCUUUGAUGAGAUUUUUCGAUGCAUGGCUUUCAGCACGACCAUGGUCACCAGAACGAACGCAUGAGCGGUGGCGUCAUCAGCGGUCUCUUAACAUUGAGCAUGGAUGACCUCGAGUGCUCGACCAGGAUCGAAGCGUCGAACCGGGUUCGGAUAUAUUACAUGUGUUACAAUAAUAGUAUCGCAAUAUCGGAAUGCCUGGUCGGGAAGGUAACCGAAAGCUCAAUGGGCCCGGUAGCCAGGAAUCGCGAUAUUAAUUCGCUUCAAGGGAGUCGGCGCGGGGCACGAUCGCUGCAAACCGACCGGGUGAAGGUGUCUCAUGUGGUGAUUUGGAAAAGUUUCCUUGUGCAGUCUCGGGCGGAGCUUUAUCCCUUCACCUACAGAAGCGGGACGGUUGGUGAUGUUGGCAACGGCCGAACGUUGAACCAAGACCAGAGUAAAUGCUCGAACGGUACUCCGUACCUGGAACAAUUUUCCGAUAGACAGGCGAGAAAUUGGCUCAAUGAUCAGUGAUGGAACGUGGAUAAGAUGUCAUGAGAAUCAAUCGCUCUCAAUGUCAACGCUUGUUCUCUGUCUUCAGACUAGAAGGGAUCAUGAAAAAUCAAUCUAUCUUCGGAUCCAAGAACCGCAUCUGGGCCCUCGCCGCUGCUUCCCUAGUUCUUAUCAGCAUCUCUGGUUAUAUUAAUAUGUCUAUAUUAAUAUAAAAACGGUCUGUUCGACCCGAUCUAUGCUGGGUUCCCUGGACGAC